AUGGUGCGGGACGCGCGGGAUUUACCGCUCGUGUACGCGCUCAUAAACGUCGCGAGCACGGUGCCGGCGAUGGCGAUGACGGUCGUGAUGUCUCCGCCGUCGCACGCGCUCGGGUUGGCGUACGCGGUGACGAUAUAUGGGUUGUAUUGGCGACGGUUCGUCACGGCGGCGCACUACUCGAGCCACGCGCCGGCGUUUCGAGGCGACGGGACGGCGGGAACGGUGUUGAAUAACGUCGCGAGUUGCGCGCUCGGACCGUUUUUCGGGAUGCCGUGUGGGCUGUACGCGAUGCGGCACGAGUUGAUGCAUCACGAUGGGGACGAGGGGUCGAAGGCGAGCGGAGGGCGAGGGCGAGGGAUGAAUUCGACGGCGACGUACGCGAGAGACGGGGCGUUUGCGUUUUUGAGGUAUUGGGUACGGUUCGGCGCGUGGUGCUUCGUGGAGUUGCUCGUCGGGGCGGUGAAGAGGAAGGCGUACGUCGACGCGAUGCGGUGCGUCUUAGGACUCGCGGCGACGUAUGGAGUGUAUUCGUACGCGGCGGCGAUGAACGCGACGGCGGCGUUUUGGAUCUUUGUCGUGCCGUACGUCGCGGGAUCGUUCGCGGCGGCGUUCGGAAGCUGGUCGCAGCAAAUCUUUGUUGAUCCAGAUAAACCGCAGUGUCAUUAUCGUUCGUCGUACUGCGCGAUCAAUCAUCCGAAUAAUCAGUUGACGUUCAACGAUGGGUAUUACACCGUGCAUCGCGUCGACGCCGACGCGCACUGGUCCGACUUGCCAGAAAAAUUUAUCGAGUCUUUGGACGAGUUCGCGAGGAACGACGGUCUGAUUUUUGACGGCGUCACGCGACGCCGCGUCGGGCUCGCGGUGUUGUGUGGCAGGUUAGGAUGGUUAGCAGAUAGAUACGUCAACGUUGGACAGCCGGCGAGGACAAAGGAAGAAAUAGUGGCGAUGUUACGCCAACGCUUGCGACCCGUCGGAAAGAAUAAAAGCGCGUAG